AUAGAUAUCGUUUUAAUGAAGGACUUGAUACACAAGAUCAAAAAAAUGAUUAUCACGUGCAGAAGGGUCACCUUGCAAACUUCUCUCAGGGGUAGGGCGGGAUUUGUAAAGGCUCAUUCACGCGCGACUCAAUCAGCGUUGUCAAUAUUUGCUUUAAAUCUCGGCUUUACCGCCUACCGGAUUUAGAUAGGUUGACAGUAAAUUAACCUGAUUAAAAUUCUUGUAAUUCGUCUUGUAGCGGGUCUUCUAAAAUCAUCUAAUCAGGCCUAAGAGCAAGGCAUCUUUCACAAGAUUUGUGAGAAUAGUGAAUGAUAAGUGUGCAUCAAAAUUUGCAUGUGAUUUAGACCAUAACAGAUCUUUGAUGACGCAUCAUGCCUCAGCACGCAAUAGGUGACAGUGCAUGAUGCCUGACGUGACAAAAAGCUGCUAGUAUUGUGUCAAAGUGUGCGUGUAACUUUUCAUCACAGAUUAAGCUUCGGACCUUUACUCCACAAACGGUUUUCGACAAUGAGUUUUCAACCGAACGGAGUUGAGUUUUUAGACGUGUCUAUCGAAGCCGACUUUAAUAAGCCGCAUUCGCCCAGAAUUAAUCUUAAAGACAUGGAUAAGAUGUCAAAUGGAGGGAAAGACGAAGCAAACCAGUCAACCAAGAAAGAGUUGAGUGCUAUUAAGAAGAUUUGUAUGAUUGCCAAGUUACAAUGUAUAUUCCUCCCAAUGAAGUUGUUCGGUUUGUACUAUCAAGACGUGAGGGGUACUUGUUCAGGAGAAUUUGUCGCAUAUGGAGGGAAAUCGGCAUUUUUGAUGCGUUCGUACCAGUUCGUGGUGAUCGCGAUUUUGUGGAUGAACUUCGGCAAGACGCUAGCAUCGUUCUGGGUCGGUAAUAAUCUUGGUACAAUGAUACUUCCAGCCUUUCUUUGGUUUUUACAAACAGCUCUCCAAGCCUCGAUCUGUUUCUUCACCAUGAACUUGAGAUCUAGGAAGUCCGCCUUGAAAAGUUUGUUGUUGUAUUGGAAUUCCCAGCCGAACUUUCACGAACUUGUCGUCGAGUCGUACAUGAUAAAAUGCGUGAAACGAACGACGAUGGUCGCGUAUUUAUUAAUGUUGAUGAACACAGUGCUGUAUGGCUUAAUCCUGUUUUCUUCGGAAUCCCUUAUACCAGUGGCACAAGCUAUGGUUUCACCCCUUCCUGUUACAAGCACAGCGGCCAAGGUAUUUUUCUUCAUUGUGGCUAUUUACAGUUCAGCUGCUUGGUUGAUGCCUUUCGCCAUUUUCUCCGCCGUCUGCCUAACUUUAAUCCAUCAAUGCCGCCGUCUGAGGAAGACCCUGCGUUUGACUGCCUCCGCCAGUGAAGUGAGAAGAGUGAAGAUCUUGAGGGGACAACAUUCCUCGUUGUGUGGCUCCGUUAGAAAAGUGGACAACUUGUUUAAGUUCUUGACCCUGGUUGUUUAUGUCACGAACAUCCCGUUGCUCUGCUUCCUCUUUUACAACCUGAUUUUCGUCAAGACUGACAAUGUCUUAACCAAAGUGACUUUAUCGUUUUGGUUUAUUAUUGUUGCUUGCAUCAUGAUAGGAGUUUCCUUCCUGGGUGCACAGUUAAAUAGCUGGGUGAGUGAUGAAGAUUUGACUGGCCUUAGACUGUUUUUGUUGCGCUGCAUGCCAGAACACGUGAUCGCUAGAGUUAUUGACUUCACAUUACUAAGGGACCAGCGAUCAUUUAUCACCGAGGAGGGAUGGGUUGGAUAAUUGUUUUUUUUUAACAGAGGAGGGGGGGGGGGAAUUCAGUCAACGCCAAAAAAGUAUAAAGGGUGGACUGACUUCUAAUUAACUGCCAACGUGGGGAUAAGAAUUUUACAGAACUUUAGGGGGGGGUCAGGUAAAUGCUAUUGUCACGCAGCCAAAUUUCUGUGAGCCCCCACCCUCCCCCCCCACAGGCGAUAAUUACUGAUCGGUCCUCUACUGCCAAUAGUAGAGGUACUAUAUAUAAGCCUGAGAUGAAGGUGGAGUCAAAAUAUUUGGGCAACCUCUCUUGCUUUAACUAGUAAAUAUACGGAGCGCACACGGAACGAAAAAUAAGUUUACUCGAUGAAAGUAAUCGAGGACAUUAACAAAUAAUAUAUUUAAUUUUUGUUUCCUUUGUGGACAGAUUCAUUCCUUUACAGAAGUUGUGCAGAAAGUUCAAAUAUCAAAUGUUGAUCUGGAUACACAUACGGAGGUUUGUUGUGACACGUUGUUGUGAUGUUUUUCUAAAGAGGAAAAGGUUACCUGUGCCACAUUAGAAUUAAUUACCUUUGUCUUCAGUGUGCAAUUGACACUUAUUUAAUAAAGCUUUCGUCUGAUUAUCACGAAAGCCAUUUAGAACUAAAAAUAAGAUAAAAACAAACAAGCAAACACACUUCAUGGAACGUGUAACAGCGGUGACCAAGUCACGAUUCAGGCAAAUUUGCAUUUGAUUAAUUGUGGCACGCAGUUUUUAGACCAGUCAGAAAACGUGGUGAAGUAAAAUCAAUACAGUCUUGGAAUGCUUCCAAGUUUCGAGUGAAAAUUGCUUCACUGUUGAGAAGUCAUUGUGUUGCCGUCCAUUUUCUUCGACUGAUAAGACCUAAUGAACCGUGAUCUGGCAGUAAAUAGUCAUUAAUACCAAGUUCUCUCUUCUUCUUCAGUUGAUGUUGUUCCUGGCGAAGUUAGGCGGAGAUCCCGUGGCAAUUACAGCAGGAGGACUGGUACCAAUCACAAAACCGCUGAUUGUUACGGUAAUGAAUCCCUGAAUCUUACCACCAAGUGUUACCAGUGCUCCUUUGAUAAGUGUCAUCAUGUUGUUGUAUACUCUAGUCCCCAAGCGCUCUCGGCUGGUCAAAUUUGAACCCGAUUGUAGGGUGCGUCCUCACGGAGAGACUCCCCUUCCCAGACUUCGUUAGGACAACGAUGCAAGAGUGAACUCUCGGGGCUAAGGCUGAGGCCGGGUCGGUCUGACGUUCGUUAAAGAUAGAUUAACGAUUCUCUUCAUAAAUCAUAGUCAGCCGGCUCUGUUUCAAUGAUGGGACGUCAAACCAAGGCCUACAAUUACUUAGAAAUAAUAUCAUCAGGGUACGCACAGGAGGUUGACAGAGGUAAUUUGUUUUUCCAAAUGUUAAACAACGCCUUUUGCUGAUUUUCUUCAGGUAACUGGCGUGGUCAUCACAUAUUUCGCCCUUCUGUAUGAGCUUAGAUGAAACGUCUUCGUGUGUAAACAGCCUACAGAACAGAAGUCUUUUCAGUUCGUGUAUCCAGGAGAGUGGAGGCGAGAGCGAAGCAGUGAGUCGUUCGUGGAGGGGAGUAACAUUAAACCACAAUGAAAUUUUUCGUUCGGACUCCUCUUCUCGCGCGUGAUUCGCCCUUUGCAUGAUCUCCUCCUCAUCGCCUCGCGAUUGACUCUGCUUGCAAUAGUAUUGGAAAUAUUUCAAAAAGGAAGAGACAGAUCUGUAGUUGUUAGCACUAACCAAUCAAACUUGAAGAAUAAUGAUGACUCCAACCAAUCAUUUCACUUUGUUUAACUAAAAUGUGCGGACUUAGUAAGUUUACUAACGAGACGGGUCAGUCUACUAUUUUUAGUCGUAGGUACUAAAAACAAAUUGCACUUCUCUGAUGAAAUAUUCUGGAUAACAGUGUGGCAUGGUAAUUCAAUUGAAC